AUGGACCAUUCCAGUGAGCCCAACAAUGCCGCCCUGUACGAUGCGCGCCGCCGCAGGGGCUCGGUCGGCACCUCUCAGCUUCUCGACAACAUAGUUUCCGCCUCCAAUUUCGAUCGCGAUGAAGUUGACCGUCUCCGCAAGCGCUUCAUGAAGCUGGAUAAGGAUAGUUCCGGUACUAUUGAUCGCGAUGAAUUUCUUUCUUUGCCUCAAGUAUCAUCCAACCCACUCGCCACGAGAAUGAUCGCCAUCUUCGACGAGGACGGUGGCGGCGACGUCGACUUCCAAGAAUUCGUUUCCGGGCUGUCGGCCUUCAGCUCCAAGGGCAACAAGGAGGAGAAGCUUCGGUUUGCAUUCAAGGUGUACGACAUCGACCGCGACGGAUACAUCUCCAACGGCGAGCUCUUCAUCGUCCUGAAGAUGAUGGUCGGCAACAACCUGAAGGAUGUGCAGCUGCAACAGAUCGUCGACAAGACGAUCAUGGAGGCCGAUAAGGAUGGCGAUGGGAAGAUCAGCUUUGAGGAGUUCACGGAAAUGGUGGAGAAUACGGACGUUAGUUUGAGUAUGACGUUGAGUAUGUUCGCCCACCCCUUUUGGUUCUGCUUCGUCGACCGUUUUGAUCCGGGUGGUGCUAACUUGCCGGGGUGGUAA